AUGCGUGGGCAGAGCAGCCAGGCUGUGAUGGCACCAGGCAGGGUUCGGGGAGUGGAGGGCGAUGCGGGUUUUGCACUCACCAAUGCUGCAUCGGUUCGGGGGCGCCAGCUUCUGGCAGGGCUGGAGAAAGUGAACAGCGACCUGGACAAGCAGGAGAAAGCAAUAACGGCAAACCUCCGUCCGCCACUGGAGCAGAGUCGGGCUGUGCAGGACAGCACUGAGCGCUCCAAGGACCUGAAGAACAUCACCAAUGAGAUCCGUCGCAUUGAACCUGAGAAAACAAGGAAAAUCCAGGAGUGUGAGGUCUUCAUUGAAUCCGUGCCAAACACUGGCAGCGCCACCUUGGUAAAGAACAAGGUGGAGAACACCACCAAGAAGUACGACCGUGUAGUCCAGCUGCUUAGUGCUGCCCAGGAGAAAGUUGAGGUUGCCAUGCACCUCGAGAGGAGCCUCCAGCAAGGCCGAGACCUGCUGUCUACCUAUGAGAACAAACUGGUCAUAGAUGACACAGUGCCAGAGGAUUUGCAGGUGGUAGACCGCAAGAAAGAAGAGCUGCUGGCCAUGGGAAGUGACCUCCAAUCCAAAAGGUUCCUGCUCAAUGAAGCAGAGCAGAACUUGAUAAGGACAAAGACAUGCUCCAACACCCUGGCCAGCAAAUUCCAGGAGCACUGUCCCGACAUUGAACGGCAGGAAGCUGAGCUCUACAAACUCACCCAGCGCUUCAACAACCUCAACAAACAGAUUGACCACAGGACGCAGACCCUGCAGAAAGCAAAGAAUGCCUAUUCCAACUACCGCACCAACUAUGACAAAGUGAACCAGUUCCUGUGCAACAUACCCAACUAUGAGCCGCAAGAGACUGACAACAUCCAGCAAGUGGAAAUGAAGCUGAAGAGCCAAGCGGCACUCCUCAGUGACAUUGCAAGCAAAGAACAGGAGGUGCAGAACAUCUCUGCCACAGCUCAGCAAUACCAGCAGGCAGUGAAGGACUACGAGUUAGAAGCAGAGAAGCUUCGGUCCAUCCUUGACCUAGAGAAUGGCCGGAAUGGGUACAUGAGCAAGAAGCCCAGGCUGCAGUCUCCAGCUGCGAAAGUGAAAGAGGAGGAAGCUGUGCUGGCAGCCAAGUUCACCGAAGUAAAUGCUGUGAAUAAACAGAGGCUGCAGAAUCUGGAGUUUGCUCAGAGCCUCCUGCGGCAGCAACCAGAGAUCCAAGAGACACAAGACUCUUUCCAGACUGAAAAAUAUGUAAGGCCUGUGGAAGAAGUGUGGAAGCUGAAGAAAGAGCUUGAGGAUGAGACUCAGCGUCGGCAACAGCUGGAAGCGGAGAUCAAAGCCAUUCAAAACAACAUUGUCCACCUGCAAAACCAGAAGCCCCAAGAAACUGUUGUUAAGAAAGAAUUGCUGAAGAAAGUGCCUGACCCUCAGCUGGAGGAGAGCUUCCACAAACUGCAGCAAAACCUUGCAGAAGAGCAGCGCAAGAACCAAGUGCUCCAGGAUGAGCUGGAGGCUCUUAAAAUCAGGCUGCGCAUUUUAGAGCACGAGAAGAGGGAAGGAGGGCAGGAGUAUAUAGUGAAAGAGGUACUGCGUAUUGAACAAGAUAAGGCUCAAGCUGGUGAAAUCCUGAAGCUCAAAGAAGAAUUGGAAGAGCUUAGGAGGCAGGAAGGAACCAGAGAGAAUGAAGUGAUCUUUUUACGCCAACAAAUUGCUGUGCUAUCCAGUGAGAAGAACAAAGAGCAGGAGAAGGUAACAGAGAAGGAAGUGCUGAAGCUGCAGAAUGAUCCCCAGCUGGAGAUGGAGUUCCAGAGGUUGCAAGAGAACAAGCAGAGGGAGACUGCUCUUCGGCAGAAGCACGAAGAAGAGCUCAGCUUCCUCCAGGACAAGCUGAAACGCCUUGAGAAGGAACGAGCCAUUGCUGAGGGCAAAAUUACCGUCAAGGAGGUGCUGAAAGUAGAGAAAGACUUAGCCAUUGAGAGAGAGGUGAAUGAGCUCCGGCGCCAGUAUGAAGAUGAGAAGUCCAAAGGUCGUUCCAAUCAACGAGAAAAGGCUGAGCUCCUCAGGAAGAUCCAGCUGUUGGAGGAAGAGAAUGCCAAGGUGGUUAUCCAGGAGAAAGUACGUGAGAUCGUGCGCCCAGACCCUAAGGCUGAAAAUGAAGUUGCCAACCUUCGUUUGGAGCUGGUAGAGCAGGAGAGGAGAUACCGAGGUGGCGACGAACAGCUGAAGAGCUGCCAGAAUGAAUUGGCUGCUCUGAGGAACAGAGGGCCACUUGUAGAAGUCAAAGAAGUCAUUAAGGAGGUCAUUAAGUAUAAAAAUGACCCAGAAACUGAAAAGGAGCUACAGCGACUCCGAGAGGAAAUCAUAGAGAGGACUGGAGCAAUUGAAAGAGCUGACCUCGAGAUUUACCAGUUGAAACAAGAGAUACAAGCUUUGAAAGAUACCAAACCUCAAGUGCAUAUGAAGGAAGUUGUUCAAGAAAUUCUGCAGUUUCGGGAAGAUCCCAAGACGAGAGAGGAGGUAGAAUCUCUGAGAGUGCAGCUAGCAGAUGAACAGAUUAAACACAUUGACCUGGAGAGGGAGCGGCUACUCCAAGAAGAGAAAGUAAGACAGAAGGAGGAAGAACUUUCCCAGGUGAAGGAGAAAGUGGUCCAACAGGAAGUAGUGAAGUAUGAGCAAGAUCCUGCCAUGAAAGCUGAAGUCAGCUCCUUCUCUCAGAGCAUAGAGAGCGAGCUGAAGCAAAUUGAUUGCCUCCGUGAAGAACUCCGCAAGCUGCAGAGGCGGCGGUCUGAGUUGGAGCAUCAGCUAGAAGAGCUUGAGAAAGAGAGACAGGCCCGCAGAGAGGCUGAACUUGAGGUGCAGAAGCUGAAGAUUAGGUUGAAUGAGUUGGAAGAACAGGAGAGGCAGACAACAGAACGAGUGACUGUGAAACAGAAAGUGAUCCUUCAGCAAGAUCCCCAGCAAGAGAAGGAGCACUCCCUCCUCAAGCUGGAGCUAGAAGAAGAGAAGCACCGGAGACAAGUCUUGCAAACUGAACUAGAAGCCCUAAGGAAGAAGCUCCUUUCUUUGGAGAAGAUGGAGGUUAAAGAGAAAGUGGUCUUUUCAGAAAGUGUCCAAGUGGACAAAGGAGACACGGAGUAUGAGAUUCAAAAGCUGAAGAGCAAUCUGGAAGAAGAAAGUAGGCGUAAGAAGGAGUUAGAUGCAGAUAUCAACCGCCUCGAAACCAGGCUGUCUGAGGUGGAAUUCAACAACUCCAAGUCAUCAAAGGAGCUAGACUUGUUAAGGGAGGAAAACCACAAACUACACCUUGAGAAACAGAACUUGCUGAUGGAAACAAGGAGACUGCAGUCAGAGAUUGAACUCACAGCAACAGAAACUCGGGAUUUGAGAAACAUGAGCCACGUGGACAGUGGAAUAAACCUGGACUCCAGAUUCCAGGCUUUGGAAAGAGAGUUAGAUGAUCUGAAGCAGUUAUCCAGAGAAAAAGACACAGAGAUUGAGCAACUCCAGAACCGCCUCAAGACAGUGGCUAUCAAGAGGGAACAAAGAGAGAACCACCUGAGGCGCUCCAUUGUGGUCAUUGAUCCUGACACAGGAAAAGAAAUGUCUCCAGAGGAAGCUCAUGUGUUUGGCCUCAUUGAAUGGAGCCUGUUUGUCAAACUGAAAAGCCAGGAAUGUGACUGGGAGGAAAUCUCAAUAAAGGGUCCCAAUGGGGAAUCGUCUGUGAUCCUUGACAGGAAGUCUGGUAGAGAGUUCUCAGUUGAGGAUGCCUUGAAGAGUGGAAGGCUAACCAUGGCUCAGUACAACAGUUACCUCAACAAGGAGAUGUCGAUCCAGGAGUUGGCGGUCUUGGUGUCCGGAAGCAAUUACAACACACUCCCUCCGCUUUAG